AUGGACUUUGACUGGAGGGAAGAGGGUUCUAAGUUCUUCUGUGGGACCUUAGACAUGUUACUGAGUCUCUCUGAGCCAUCCUACACAAAGAAAAUGAUAGAGGAGAAUCCUGAUGAUGUCCUCCCCAUGCAGAAUGAUACCCUUGUUUCUGUCUCUCCACAGGCAUCCGGGGCUCAAACUGCUGCCUGGGUCCCCUUUCCCACGGUUGAUGUGCCAGACCACGCCCACUACACCCUGGGCACAGUGAUCCUGCUAGUGGGCCUCACAGGGAUGCUGGGCAAUCUGAUGGUCCUCUACACCUUCUGCAGGACCAGAGGCCUCUGGACACCUGCCAACAUGUUCAUUAUCAACCUCGCCAUCAGUGACUUCUUCAUGUCCUUCACCCAGGCCCCCCUCUUCUUCGCCAGUAGCCUCUACAAGCAGUGGCUCUUUGGGGAGGCAGCCUGCAAGUUCUAUGCCUUCUGUGGGGCUCUCUUUGGCAUCACCUCCAUGAUUACCCUCACGGCCAUCGCCCUGGACCGCUACCUGGUGAUCACACGCCCGCUUGCCACUAUUGGUGUGGUGUCCAAGAGGCGGGCAGCACUCAUCCUGAUGGGCAUCUGGCUCUAUGCCCUGGCCUGGAGUCUACCACCCUUCUUUGGCUGGAGUGCCUAUGUGCCUGACGGGCUACUGACAUCCUGCUCCUGGGACUACAUGAGCUUCACACCCUCGGUCCGAGCCUACACCAUGCUCCUCUUCUGCUUUGUGUUCUUCCUCCCCCUGCUUGUCAUCAUCUACUGCUACAUCUUCAUCUUUAGAGCCAUCCGGGAGACAGGCCGGGCUCUCCAGACCUUCGGGGCCUGUGAGGGUGCCAGUGAGUCCCCACGGCAGAGGCGGCGGCUGCAGAGUGAGUGGAAGAUGGCCAAGAUCGCGCUGUUGACCAUCUUGCUCUAUGUGCUCUCCUGGGCCCCCUACUCCACUGUGGUUCUGGUGACCUUUGCAGGGUACGCACAUGUCCUGACACCUUACAUGAAUUCAGUGCCUGCUGUCAUCGCCAAGGCCUCUGCCAUUCACAACCCCAUCAUUUAUGCCAUCACCCACCCCAAGUACAGAAUGGCCAUUGCCCAGCACCUGCCUUGCCUGGGGAUGUUGCUGGGUGUGUCGGUACAGAGCACCUGCCUUUACAUCAGCUACCGCUCCACUCACCACUCCACCCUGAGCAGCCAGUCCUCUAACCUCAGCUGGAUCUCCAGAAGGAGGCACCAGACAUCCCUGGGUUCUGAGAAUGAGGUGGGCUGGAUAGACACAGAGGCAGCAGCUGCAUGGGUGAGUGUCCAGCAAGUGAGUGGACGAUCCCUCUACAUUCAGGACCUGGAGCACAUGGAAGCCAACACCCCUCUCACGCCCCAGGGAUGGGAAACAGAGACUCCCAGGAAGAUGAUUUGGCCUGAACUCUGCCAAUUUGUAAAUGGCUUUACCUUGGCUGGGGGACCUGAGGGCCUAUGUGACUCCAAAAUGCUCUAA